GCGGGUGCGGAGGGGAGGCUUCCCUCUGUGGAACAAGCUAGAUCGAGGGCUCACUAGUUAAGAAGAAAGGGGUCACACACAGACGGAGCAGGGGGCAGUGAGUCUUUGGAAUGCUCUCCCUCAAACGGUGGAAGCAGAGUCUGUGAGUGAUGCUGCAGCCCCAACACACCAGCAGCUGAUAAGAUGAACAGCAACGCCAACCCGCUGGAGACAUGGGUAGAUGCCACGAGGCACGCGCUGUGUGUUAGCUCGGACAGGCCCUCUGAGGCAGCCAGCACCAAGAUCCUCAAGGUGUGUUUCUGCAGCAACACCAGCAGCAACCUGGGCAAGAACUUCAAGCUGGUCAAGUGUGACCACACGACUGAAAUCAGGGAGAUCAUUAGCACAAUAUUGGACAGCGGGAGAGUCGGUCCCAGCAUCAUCUUUAAGAGCUGUUAUGGACUCAGACUAAAGCACUUGAAAUCUGAUGAGGUCUACUGGCUCCAUCCUGACCUCACGAUCGAGGAGGUUCAGACCAAGUACGAGAGUCUUCACCACGAAGCUGAAUGGAGGUAUGACCUGCGGAUUCGAUUCCUACCCAAGGAUUUCAUGGAGAGUUUUAAACAAGACAGAACCACACUGUUGUGUUAUUAUCAGCAGGUACGCAGCGACUACAUGCAGGACACCUCAGGCCAGGUGGACCAGGAGACGGCCUUGAAGCUUGGUUGCCUGGAGAUAAGACGGUUUUAUAAAGACUUGCCCCCAAAGGCUCUGGAGAAAAAGUCCAACUUUGAGCUGCUGGAGAAGGAUGUUGGUCUUGAUUUGUUCUUUCCUAAGCAGUUGCAAGAAAGUAUGAAGGUGAAACACCUCCGCAAACUCAUCCAGCAAACCUUCCAGCAGUUUGCUCACCUGAAGGAGGAUGAAUGCAUUGGCCAGUUCUUCCAGAUUCUCGGCACCGUCACCGACUUUGAACAGGAACAUUUCAAAUGUGAACUUGGUCAAGGCUGGACGAUCGCGGUGGACCUGGUGAUUGGACGGCAGGGCAUCGGGCAGGUGAUCAGCAAGGACGGGCCCAUCAGUUUGGCAGAAUUCAGGCAGAUUCAAUCCAUCAAAUCUGCUCAUUCAGAAGGUAACACGAAAGCUUUGCUUCAACUGGAAAUCAGUGGGGCUUCACAGCCUCUGACCAUAACCACCUCAUCGCUGGCAAAGGCAGAGAACAUGGCCAACCUCAUCGAUGGGUACUGUCAGCUGGAGCGGGGUACAACCGUCUCCCUCAUCUCACAGCCCAAGACAGAUCAGGAUGGAAAGGACAAACUGCCUGACCUUCCCACCCGGCCCAGACCUGAGGUGACGAUAACUGAGGAGCCGCGAUCCAUGUUGUCACGGAACAGCAUGGAGUCUGAUAUCUACGCUGAAAUCCCUGACACACCGCGGUCAGCAGUUCCUCAGAACAGUAUCUCUCGAGACUCAGUGGUUCUGGGCAGGAUUCUGGGAGAAGGAUUCUUUGGUCAGGUUUAUGAAGGAGUUUACAAGACGGCGAGAGGGGAACAGCUUGCCGUGGCGGUGAAGACCUGCAAAAGCGACUGCACGUUUGAGGUCAAGGAGAAAUUCCUCUCAGAAGGCAUGAUCAUGCAGCCCCUGGACCAUCCCCACCUCGUCAAACUGAUCGGGAUGAUCGAAGAGGAGCCGGCCUGGCUAAUCAUGGAAUUAUAUCCUUAUGGAGAGCUGGAGAGUUACCUGGUCACAAACAAAGCCACUCUAGAAGUGGUCACACUGGUGGAUUACUCGUGGCAGAUCUCCAAAGCCCUCGCCUACCUGGAGGGGGUGAAGGUUGUGCAUCGGGAUAUCGCCGUUCGGAACGUCCUGGUAGCUGCUCCGAGCUGCGUGAAGCUGGGUGAUUUUGGUCUCUCGCGUUACAUUGAAGAGGACAAUUACUACAAAGCGUCAGUGACCAGGAUGCCCAUCAAAUGGAUGGCACCGGAGUCCAUCAACUUCAGGCGUUUCACCUCCGCCAGUGAUGUCUGGAUGUUUGGUGUGUGCAUGUGGGAGAUCCUCAGCUUCGGGAAGCAGCCUUUCUUCUGGCUGGAAAACCGGGAUGUGAUCAGCGUGCUGGAGAGAGGCGACAGGCUCCCGAAGCCUGAGGUGUGUCCACCGACUCUCUACACCCUGAUGACCCGCUGUUGGACCUACGAACCACGGGAAAGGCCAAAGUUCACCGAGAUCGUCUGCUCGUUGAGUGACGUACACCAGAUGGAGAUGGUGCAACGCGAGGAACGCAAGUACUGGACAGAGCGCAGGCUGACCACACGGAACCCCGACACCACGGUGGGCACCAACGAUCCCCCACCCAAGCCCUCAAGAACGAGAGUAUUGAAAACAACACCGUCUGCAAUGCUGUUUCCGAACCGCGGACUUCAGUUCCAGGUUCCGGAGUCCCUCUGUGCCAGCUCACCACACAUUCCUUGCUCACCCAGUAACGAGGCACCGGCUGACUCCACAGAGAACAGCCCCCCGAAGCCGUUUAGAAGACUCAGUAUGCGGGAAGCAGAUCUCAUCGGGGAGAUUAACAGCAAAGAAGAUGCUCAGAAGCUCUGGGAGAUGGAACAAGCCAAGCUCCAGGAGAAGAUCAGACAGCAGCAAUGGGAAAUGGCGCAGGAUAGGGAGUGGCUGGAGAAGGAAGAGAAGCUUCUGGCUCCAAAUGAAAACCAGUCACAGAACGAGACUGACCAGGAGACGUGUUACACUGAGUUCACAGCAGCACCAGAGAAACCUCCGAGGAAGAAUCCACCGCCCAUCCAUCCAGCCCCCACUGCCAACCUGGACCGCACGGGGGACAAGGUGUACCCGCUGGUCAUGGAGCUGGUCAAGGCCGUGCUGCAUCUAAAGAACCAGGUGUACCAGCUGCCCACCGAGGAGUACAUCCACCUGGUGAAGACAGUGGGAAUCAACCUCCGCAACCUGACGAGCAGUGUGGAUGAGCUCUUGCCGAAGCUGCCGGCCUCAUCGCGGAUGGAGAUCGAGGGCACACAGAAACUCCUGAACAAGGACCUGGCCGAGCUGAUCAACAAGAUGAAGCUGGCGCAGCAGAACUCGGUGACCUCGCUGAGUGAAGAGUGCAAGAAGCAGAUGUUGACAGCUGCACACACCCUUGCGGUGGACUCCAAAAACCUCCUGGAUGCCGUGGACCAGGCCCGCGUGCGAAUCGGAGAGGCCAAACCUGUCCCGAACUGAGCUCAGCUGCACCGCCCUGGGGAGAUGGGAGCAGCCUCCAACCCAAGCCAGUGGGGCGAGGGAUGUCCCACGAGGGAGGGGGUCUUAACACAACACCAGUGGCUUGUGUUUGGAGGGUGGAGGGUUCUUCUCGUCUAACUGAUCCCGUUUGGUAUCUAACUCUGUGUGGUGCCCGGCACUGGGGUUCUGUGCAUUGCCAGACCUUCCCCGAUGUGAUGCCGUUUUGCUGCUGACGGCACCGAGGAAAUGGUUGACCAGAGACUGCUUGAUCUGGAAGGACUGAGGCACCAGGCGUUGUCAGGCAAAGCCAAGGCAAAUGUUUCACACACCGUCGAGGACCCAUUUGUAAAUUCUGCAGGAGGUGGAGUAUGUGCUGCAGGUUACAGCAGAUGAGUUGCUCAACUAUGAAAUACCUUGCCAUUCAUUCCUCACUUCUGACCUCAAAUCGAUUGAACAAAAAUACUCUUGUCUUGGUGUGUGAUGAGUUCUUGGACCUUUCCUGUUUGUUUAAAGAUCAGCUCAGGAGAGCCAAGCAAAGGUGUGGAGACAGCAGAAGAUGUGAGACGCAAGACAUCAGGGAGUCCUGAUGAAGGGCCUCAACCCAAAAUGGUUUGUUUCCCUCCCUAGAUGCUGCCUGAGUUGCUGAGUUCCUGCAGCAUUUGGUGUGUGUUGUUGCAGAAGAUGUGAGACUGUGUGUUAUCUAGUCCUGCAGACGAGUAACUGUGAAUUCUCUCAAUGGUCAAUCCAAUCAGAAAUGUAAAAACUCAAACACAGGCAAGUGGACGAGCUCAGGUGGGCACCUUGGUCAGCACAGACGAAUUGGGCCGAAGGGCCUGUUUCCGUGUUGUGUGACUGUAUCAGAGAACCAUUCACCAUGGAAACAGGCCAUUUGGCCCAUCAUGUCCCUGCUGACCAGUGGGUACCCACCCACAUUAAUCCCAUCUUUCCAGCACUUGGCCCGUAGCCGUCAUUGACCAGUCCGUGUUAGACACUUCUUAACGCCAUCAGUGACCCUGCUUCCACUGCGCUCUCUGGUGUGUGUUCCAGGUACUCACCGCUCUCUGGGUGAAGAAGGUCCCUCUCACAUCCCCUCUGAACCUCUUCGCCCUUACCCUAAACCUGUGUCCUCUCGUUCUAUCUACUCUGCUACAGGGAAACGUUUCUCUAUAUCUACCUCUACCCCUCAUCAUUUUAUACGCCUCAGUCACAUCCCCUCCUGACCCCCUCCGCUGCAGGGAGAACAGACGCAGCUUCAGAGCACCAUCAGAGAAGGAGCUGAUUACCAGGUCCACUGGGAAUGGUUGGGGGUAAGGCGGCAUCACUGCAGGGAGAAGAAGAGCUCAGGUUCCGAGUUGGUGACUUCAUCAGCACUGCCUGACCUGCAGGGUAUUUCCAUGGUUUUAUUUCAGAGGUUCAACAUCCUCAGGGUUUUAUUUUUGAGUGAUCGAGAGCCUGAAAUUCCUGCAGAUUUCCAAUGGGAGGCUGGCGGAGUGACCAGGGACCAGUCGGAGGAUCCGGCGUCACUUUCUGCUGUCGUUACACAGGGUAGAAACAGAAAGUGACAGUAUAAUACUGCCAGGCUCUCCGUCUGAGAGGACUUCCUGCAGAGAACAUUAUCCUACCCCUGUGCUUUCCUUAUGCACUGAUCUCAGAUGUGAAGUGCUGUAGCGUGAGACAGACAGAGUUCUGGUCCCUAAGGAAACUCUUAUCUAAACACUCAGCAACCACCAAUCAUCAUGGUUACUCCAUGCCCUGAGAUCUCAGACCUAAUGCAGACCUGUGCCUGCACACCUGGGUGUGACCUGACCCAACGUAGGUCAUAGGUCUUUCCCUGACUCUGGGCAAGUUUGGAAAAUUAACACCAACGCAUCAGCUAACUCAGCAGCCACUUCUCUGACCCCAGAAUGGAGUCUGUUUGUGUCCGAGGAUUUGUCAGUCCCCAUCUCCAACAACCUGCUCAGUACCACCACCCUGGUGUCUGUCACGUGUGCAGGUUCUUCCCUCCCUCCCAUUCCCAAUUCACAGCUCUUUCUGGAAUGGUGCAGGUAGAAGAGACUCACUCAAAACACCUGUUGAAUUCAUCUUGGUUUCCAUUAAUAAUUCCCCAGGGUCACUUUAGAACAUAGAACAGUACGGCACAGGAACAGGCCCUUCAGCCCACUGUGUCUGUGCUGACCAUGAUGCCAAAUUAAACCAACCCCAUCUGCCUGCACAUGGUCCACAUCCCUCAAUUCCCUGCCUGUUCAUGUGUCUGUCUAAAUGCCUCUUAAACACCUCUACCGCAUCUGCCUCCACCCCCACCCCCGGCAGUGCAUUCCAGGCACCCACCACUCCUUGUGUGUAAGAAACUUGCUCUGUAAAUCUCCUUUGAAUCUCCCCCCCCCCCCCCCCCCACCUAAAAGCUCUGCCCUCUAAUAUUUGACAUUUCCACCCUGGGAAAAAGACUCUGUCUGCACCACCUCCACCGCUCCCGAGAAAACAACUCACAGUUGUCCAACGGCUCAUGCCCUCUAAUCCAGGCAGCAACCUGGUGAACCUCUUCUGCCCCCCUCUCCAAGGCCUCCACACCCUUCCUGUAAUGGGAUGACCAGAACUGCACACAACACUCCGUGCUGCCUGACCAAUGUUUUAUAAAGCUGCAACAUGUCAAUGCCCUGACUGAUGAAGGCAAGCACGCCAUACGCCUUCCUUACCACCCUGUCCACUUGUGUGGCCACUUUCAGGGAGCUCUGGACUUGCACCCCAAGAUCCCUCUGUACAUCAAUGCUCCUAAGGGUCCGGCCAUUUACUGUGCACUUUCCUCUUACGUUUGACCUCCCAAAGUGCAUCAAUUCACACUUUCCAUUGCACUUUUCUUUCUUAAGUAUCUUGAAAAAUUCUAACUUUUUACAUUUCUAGCUUUAUAUUGUACUCUGACCUUCCUUCAGUAUUUUCUUCAUUGUACAGAAAAUAAAUAUCAAUAACCUGC